AUGUUAGUGUUGGAAAAUAAAGUUGCAUUAAUUACGGGUUCGUCAUCGGGUAUCGGUGAGGCCGUAGCCGUACAAUUGUGGUCAAUGGGUGCGUCGGUUGUGAUUACUGGUAGAGAUACUAAGCGUAUAGACGCUGUAAUCGCCCGGUGCCUCAACAGCAGUCAACCAGCAACCGGUAUCACCAAACAAGAUGAUGGUGACCAUCGACGCCGCCAUCAAAAAGCUAUCGGUGUCAAAGCCGACAUUCUAGUGGACACAGAUAUGGAUUUGCUGGUCGAUCGGGUAACCGACGAGUUUGGCGGCCAAUUGGACAUACUGGUCAACAAUGCUGGUGUGGCAACAGUGGCCAGUUUUUUGGAUACCGAUAAUCUCGAAUUAUUCGACGUGGAGGUCAAGUUUAUCAGAGCUCAUCAACGGCUGACCCGAUUGUUGAUACCGUUGUUGACUAUCGCCAGCACCAGCAGCGGUAGUAGUAGUAGUAUUGUCAACGUAUCGGCUUUUACUGAUAGAGCUAGCUAUGAAGUAUUAGCCAAUAUGUUGUGUAAAUCCAGUUUAGAUAUGUUUACCAAAUGUCUGGCCCUGGAGUUGGCACCCAAAGGCGUACGGGUUAAUAGUGUCGGUCCCGGCACAAUCAUUACACCGAUGGUAACCAAUAAUCCGGCCUUCAAUGAUGUUAUAUAUUUACCAGAUUUUUUGCAAACAAUACCAUUAGGACGUCCGGCUACGGCCGAUGAAGUGGCCAAUGCGGUAGUAUUUUUGGCGGUCACACCCAAGUGUGCAGUCAGUGGCGACAGUUUUACUAACGGUAUUAAGUUAAACGUAACGGGCGGUCAAUUUUUAUAA